CGCUGAGAUUGUCCAUUCGUCCGUUUUGAACGGUUCGCACUUGGUCCCGACCAAAUCCAAACCUUCGAUGCGCAUGGCCGAGCAUGGCGCCUGUCAGAGACAAGAAGAUGAUCCAUGUUUAGAAGUCCAAUCCAAUCGGGUCUCUGGGGCUAUUUCUGGAACCGACCCCGGGAAGAGGAACUGGAUAAAUACGGAUGGUGGUGAUAUUUUAUGCAAGUGUCUCCCACAGACAUUGCUCUCUCGGUGUUGUGAUCCCCCUUGGACAUCUAUCAUCUCUCAAAAGACCUCAAUGGCAUAUAUUCAAGAUGCAUCUUAUAUAAGCUAUAUUGUCAUAGCUGCGAGCGUAGUAGCCGGUACCGCGAUUAUCCACGGCAUUGCAAACAAUCCCGCUGUCAAAGCACGACGAGCUGGUGCCCAACUACCACCUGGGCCCAAACGAGACUUUCUCAUAGGAAAUCUCCGCAACUUUCCAAAGGACAGAUGGUAUGAAACAUUUACACGCUGGAAAGACGAGUUUGGUGAGUGCGACUGUAGCUCGGCCCAGUUUGGUGUUUAUUUUAUGAAGCACCGGACGGGCUACCUCUCGGCACUAUACCCCUCUGACUUACUUUAUACAAUAGGUGAUCUCAUUUAUGUGAACUUAGCCGGCGUUCCAAUGCUCGUUUGCAAUUCGUUGGAAGCAGCCGAAGAACUGACUCUAAAGCGGAUGAGCAUAUAUUCUUCCCGACCUUAUCGAACAAUGACAAACCAACGAAAGGUGCUUAGGAAAGCAAUGGGUUCACAAGCCGCUCAAGAAUAUGAUUGUCUCAUUCAAGCAGAAUGUGCGAGACUUGUCGAAGAUUUUUCUGGAUUUAGCGGGGAACCAUUCUCUGUUGUCAGCAAAUAUAUAGGGGCAAUAAUUGUCAAAUUUGGCUAUGGCGAAAAGAUUUAUCAAGAACACGGGGAGGAGAUGGUCGAACUGAACAAGGAGCGGUCUCGCCAGAUCAAUCUAGUCCUCCCCAAAGUCUGGCUAUAUAUCCCUUCGUGGUUCCCAGGCGCCAACUUUCGCCGCGUCGGUAUCGAAGGCACAAAAACAGGUACCAAGGUGAAUGGUGUUGCCGACGACUCGAUUAUCGCCAAAUAUAUCAACGAUCCCAGCGUACCAAAUGAACACCUUCGUGAUGCUGUAGCUAUGAUGUAUGCCGGUAAUGCUACAUCGAUCGUCAAUUUCUUCUUUGCGAUGAUAUUGCAUCCCGAGGUGCAAAAGAAAGUGCACGAAGAGCUGGACAGAAAGAUUGGAGGGGGACGAGCGCCGGACAUGAAUGAUAUUAAGGAACUUGAAUACUUUAACGCUGCUUGGAAUGAGUCCAUGAGGUGUAAUGCUACGGUUCCAUUGGCUGCUGCUUAUGGUCUAAGCACUGACCAAGGAACAACCUUGUCCAGAUAUAUUCUACGGGAUCCCAAAAUAUGGGGCGCUGAUGCUGAUAAAUACAAUCCGAAUCGGUUCUUGCCACAGUUCAAUCCUCGAGUAAAGGAUUUGCCAGAUAUGUCGAGCGUUCCGUUUGGAUUUGGCCGAAGGUAG